AUGUCUGACCAGCUCCUCGACACCCCCGCGAAACACCCAUGGUCCUUCUCUGGCCUUCUGGACUCGGCGUGGAAUCGGAUUUCCGAAGCAGCACUUAAAACUGGGUGGACGCCAGUUGCUCGAAUCUCGGAGGCUGCAGUGGUCGCGUUAAUGCAAAAUAUGGACCGUGGCAGUCUGCGAGUGCUAACCUACUCGCACAUAUAUUCUUUCCCCGCCUCUGGAAGCGAACAAGAUGAUACUGAGACCAAAGCCGAGUUAAGGGUGCUUAACGACGCGUUCUGGAUACGGCUUGCAAUGAUGGGUGACCUUGGGUUUGCCGAAGCGUACAUGUAUUCAGACGUCGAGUGCAACGAUCUGGUGUCGUUGUUCAACAUCUUCCUGGCCAAUAGAAAACGACUUUCAAACCUCGACUCGAAAGCGUCCUACCUCUUCACUCUGCCUCAAAAGCUGACAUCAUAUCGUUUUCUCAACACAAUUGGCAACUCACGAUCUAACAUAUCAGCCCACUACGACAUCAGCAAUGAAAUGUUUGCAGGCUUCCUUUCCCCAGAUAUGACAUACUCGUGUGCAAUAUUUGACGACUUGGACGGCGACAUGAAAGACGGUGUAGAGCAAAGCGAAUGGAGUGGCGGCCAGGGACUUUUGCGAUUGGGAUCGAAAUCCACAGCCACGGCUACACCUACACUUUCUGAACCGUCGACGGACGAGUUGUACGAAGCACAAAUCCGUAAACUCAGCCAUAUCAUCAAGAAAGCCAAAAUCGAGCCAGGAAACCGAGUCCUUGAGAUCGGUUCGGGAUGGGGCUCAAUGGCCAUUCUUAUUGCUCAAACCGUACAAGACACGACAAUCGACACUCUGACGCUUUCCGUGCAGCAGCAAACACUGGCGCGUGAAAGGAUUGCUGCGGCGGGACUCACUGACCGUAUCAAUGUGCACUUGAUGGACUAUCGCAACAUGCCCGCCGACUGGCAUGGCGCCUUCGACCGGGUUAUCAGCAUCGAGAUGAUUGAAGCCGUCGGUCAGGAAUUUCUAGUCAAGUACUGGGAAGUAGUCGACUGGGCAUUAAAAUUGGAGGGAGGAAUCGGUUGUGUACAAGUCAUAACAAUUCCUGAAGCUCGUUUUGAUCGCUACAUUCGUGAAAUCGACUUCAUUCGGAAAUGGAGUAUGCUUUCGUUUUCAAAUGCAGUUCUCUUGCCUAAUCCGCAUGACCAGUUUUCCCUGGCGGAUGGAUCUUUCGGGCGUCUUACUGUGGACGGUGUUUCUAACAUCGGUCCCCACUACGCACGUACUCUGCGUGAAUGGCGCCGACGUUUCCUCUACGCCUUCGACAGCACUAUUGUGCCUGCGCUCAGAAGAGAGUAUCCCGAUGUCAUGAAUGGCCCUCGGGGCAAGCAAGAAAUCGAAGUGUUCAAACGCAAAUGGAUAUAUUACUAUUGCUAUUGUGAAGUGGGGUUCACCUCCCGCACACUAGCAGAUCACAUCAUUACUUUUACCCGCGAAGGGUCUACUGACUAUGGGUGCACAGUUUUUGAGUGA